AUGGGCACAACCUCCAAAGGGAGGUUUGCGUCCAUGCCCCCAGACACUCCGUUGGACGGCCCCGCCGAUUCCACACCCUCCGGUGAAUCGAACACCGACCCCGCGCCGCCCGCGACAUCCAGCGAUGGACCAGAGAAGGUCCAUCAGAAGGCUGAAGCGACCGCGAGCGCCAACCCCGAAAAGCCCUCUCCGACAGAACCAGUCCUGAGAGGCACGAACCAGGAACUUCGCGAGAAGCUCGAAGAUGCCCAAUCGACCAUCGCUGAUCUCAGAGCAGAGAUCAGGAAGCUGGAAAAAGCGGCCGCAUCUCGCAAGAUCGAGGAAGAUCAGAUGCGCGAAAAGGUUCGGCAAGAAAUGGUCGAACAGUUCGCCAUGCUCGAAGCGAGAGGCGACUACGUAUUCGCUCAAGCAGAGGCCAACCUGCAGAGCAAGAUCGACUACGAGACAAAGGCGGCCAAUCUCGAUUCAGAACGAAAAGAGUGGCAAGACCAACUCAUCAUCGCGGAAGAGCAGCUGGUCCCCGAGGAGAUUCGCGUGGACAUGUUAGCUACCUCGGCCAGGAUAGCAGCGGCGUCGGAACCUGAGACUGAUCCAGACCUCACCUAUGCCAAAGUGGUCUGCGAAUUGCUCGCCAAGCAGGUUACGCUCCAUUUGCGAAACCAGGAGGACUACAAGAAGCUUGUCGACAUCGGGGUCGCGAAAGUGUCAGCACAGAAGAAAGUGCAGGCACAGACCAAAGCCGAAAAGACAACGGCCCCUCUCCAGCUUCGAAACGAGUAUCUCGACGACAAGCAGAGUAGAAUCAUGAAUGUUUUCAAGAUAGUCACCGAAUGGCACCUCGACGAUCUCGACGCCCGCAGUAAGCACAUCAAGGAUGCGCGGGCCACUAGUCUGCUGCCUGCAGAGGGCCGAAAAUAUAGUCUCCUAGACUUGCAGAUGGUCAAGUUGUUGGAGCAUAAAUAUCUUGCAGGGUACAUCGAUUGCACCAUGACCUAUGAAUAUAGGAAAGCCGCUUCCCUCGACUACGAAGUAGAUGCAAAGACGUAUGCUUACCUGCACGAUACGGCCAACCCGAAGAACCCUUACCAGAUUGGUAAGAAGAUUGGGUACGAGUUCGUGUGGCGGGCGCUUUGCCGCGAUAAGGGAAGGCCAAACUGGGACGACAGUCUCGACACGCGCAUAUGGUCUCCCGAAAACAUCUGGCCCAUGACGCCCGAAUACCUACCGAAAGGUACUUUCGACGGUGUUGUACUCGGUUUAGAACAGGCCGAGCAGGAGUUCAAGGACAGAAUGGCGACGGAGUCAGGAAAGACCCCUACAGCGCCUUUCACGAAGCCUGGCCAGAAGGCCGCCGGUCCUAAAAUGCCGCAACCCGAAACCUCUCAGAAGAGUGGUCAGAGCCAGCAGCGCAGCCAGAACGGGCAGCGCAGUCAGAACGGGCAGCGCGGCCGAGGCCAGCAACGCGACCAAGGCCAGCAACGCGACCAAGGUCCACAGCGCGGUCAGGGUCCACAGCGCGGUCAGGGUCCACAGCGCGGUCAAGGUCAGCAACGCGGUCGCGGCCAGCAGCACGGCAACCCGCAAGACCAACACCGCGACGAAGCCCAAGAGGAUGGGCAGACUCGUCCACCUCCCCCACCGACGGCAGCACAGCCGCCCGAUCGUUACUUUGACGAAGACCUGGGCAGAUGGAUGGUACGGUCGGAUAUCUCUUCCAGAUAG